AUGGUUUCUAGAAUGGAUCCGUACGAGAUCAUGGAACCCAUAAGUGGCGGUGCAUUUGGUGCUGCCAUUCUCGUUAAUCACAAGUUGGAGAAGAAAAGAUACGUGUUGAAGAAAAUUAGGCUUGCGCGGAAAACUGAACGGUGUAGAAAAUCUGCUCAUCAAGAGAUGGAUCUUAUUGCUCGGAUUAAGCACCUUUACAUUGUGGAAUUCAAGGAGGCUUGGGUUGACAAGGGUUUCUAUGUCUGCAUUGUUACUGGAUAUUGUCAAGGUGGAGACAUAGCAGCAUUGAUGAAAAAAUCAAAUGGAGAUUUUUGCUUAAAUAUUUUGGUUGCUAACAUUAGAAAAUACCUGCAUUCAAAAUUUGUUUUACACCGUGACCUAAAGUGUUUUAACAUCUUUCUCACCAAGGAUCAUGAUGUUUGCCUGGGAGACUUUGGACUUGCUAAGACACAAAAAGCGGGUGAUUUGACUUCUUCGUUCCAAAUCUACAAUUUUUGUUGUACAGGGUGUUGUAUAUAUGAGAUGGCUGCUCACCGCCCUGCUUUCAAAGCUUUUGAUAUGGACGGCUUGAUAAGCAAGAUAAGCUGUCCCUCUAUUGGUGCUUUGCCUCCCUGUUAUUCCCCAUCCUUGUUUUAG